GAGCUCGUAAGUCAGGAGGCUGCGGAGUCGCUGCAGUCCUUGCCGCCGCCACAUUCAACAGGCAGCAGCGCUGCUGUCGCGCGGCCGCGGGGAGAGGAGAGAGGAGGGCGACAGCGGCCCGCGGCGUCCGCCCGUCGGCUCUGGGGUCCGCGGCCCUGUCAGCGGGAGCGUGGCGCCCCGGCUGCCGGGCCCCGCGGCCUGCUCCGUGCCCCGGUGCGAGCCGCAGAAGUCGGAGGCUCCUGGACGCCCGUGGUGACCCAGCCAAGUUGAAGUUCUGGGCGCGUCCGUCCGCCGCCGCCGCGCCGCGCCGCGCCUCGCCCCGGCGUGCGUCCGCUGACCGCGGGGGGCUCUCCCUCCCCAAUCUCGGAGCGACUCUUCCCUCCGGUCGCCCGCCCCGGGUGCCCGCGUCUCCCGGUACUCUCUGCUGCGCGUGGGGGAGGGGCGGGGGGUCACCAUGGCCGAAGCGCCCCAGGUGGUGGAGACCGACCCGGACUUCGAGCCGCUGCCUCGGCAGCGCUCCUGCACCUGGCCGCUGCCCAGGCCCGAGUUCCCCCAGUCCAACUCGACCACCCCCCCGCCCGUGCCCCCCGCCGCCGCCGCGGGGCCCCUGGCGGGACAGCCGCGCAAGAGCAGUUCGUCGCGCCGCAACGCGUGGGGCAACCUGUCGUACGCCGACCUCAUCACCAAGGCCAUCGAGAGCUCGGCCGAGAAGAGGCUCACCCUGUCGCAGAUCUACGAGUGGAUGGUGAAGAGCGUGCCCUACUUCAAGGAUAAGGGCGACAGCAACAGCUCGGCCGGCUGGAAGAAUUCAAUUCGCCAUAACCUGUCCCUUCACAGUAAGUUUAUUCGAGUACAGAAUGAAGGAACUGGAAAAAGUUCUUGGUGGAUGCUCAACCCAGAGGGAGGCAAAAGUGGAAAAUCCCCUCGGAGAAGAGCUGCAUCCAUGGACAACAACAGUAAAUUUGCUAAGAGCCGAGGACGAGCUGCCAAGAAGAAAGCAUCCCUCCAGUCUGGGCAGGAGGGUCCCGGGGACAGCCCUGGGUCUCAGUUUUCUAAAUGGCCUGCAAGUCCUGGGUCCCACAGCAACGACGACUUUGAUAACUGGAGUACAUUUCGUCCUCGAACCAGCUCAAAUGCUAGUACGAUCAGUGGGAGACUGUCUCCCAUCAUGACAGAACAGGACGACCUGGGAGAUGGGGAUGUGCAUUCUCUGGUAUAUCCGCCUUCUGCUGCAAAGAUGGCUUCCACUCUGCCCAGUCUGUCUGAAAUCAGCAAUCCUGAAAACAUGGAAAACCUUUUGGAUAAUCUCAAUCUUCUCUCAUCCCCAACAUCUUUAACUGUAUCAACCCAGUCUUCGCCUGGCAGCAUGAUGCAGCAGACACCUUGCUAUUCGUUUGCACCGCCAAACACCAGUCUGAAUUCACCCAGCCCAAACUACUCAAAGUACACAUAUGGCCAAUCCAGCAUGAGCCCCUUGCCCCAGAUGCCUAUGCAGACACUUCAGGACAGCAAAUCCAGUUAUGGAGGAUUGAACCAGUAUAACUGUGCCCCAGGACUCUUGAAAGAGUUGCUGACUUCUGACUCUCCUCCCCACAAUGACAUCAUGUCACCAGUUGAUCCUGGAGUGGCCCAACCCAGGAUCCUGGGCCAGAGUGUAAUGAUGGGCCCUAAUUCAGUCAUGCCAGCCUAUGGAAGCCAGGCAUCUCAUAACAAAAUGAUGAACCCCAGUUCCCACACCCACCCUGGACAUUCACAGCAAACGUCUUCAGUCAAUGGACGCACCCUGCCCCAUGGGGUGAACGCCAUGCCUCACACAUCUGCCAUGAACCGUAUGACCCCUGUGAAGACGUCUUUACAAGUGCCUCUGCCCCAUGCCAUGCAGAUGAGUGCCCUGGGCGGCUACUCGUCUGUGAACAGCUGCAAUGGCUAUGGGAGGGUGGGUGUCCUCCACCAGGAGAAGCUCCCAAGUGACUUGGAUGGAGUGCUUAUUGAGCACUUGGACUGUGACAUGGAAUCUAUCAUUCGGAAUGACCUCAUGGAUGGAGAUACCUUGGAUUUUAACUUUGAUAAUGUGUUACCCAACCAAAGCUUUUCACACAGUGUCAAGACUACAACACACAGCUGGGUGUCGGGCUAAGAGUUAGUGUGCAGGCUGCAUUUAAAGCACUGCAGAGUGUCUGACAGCAGGAGCUGAGAGAAGCAGUCCAAAGAUGCCCUUCACCCCUCCUUUCAGUUUUCUUGAUUUAAAAAACAAAAAAAAAAAAUCCUUUUUUCCUCCUUUCAUCAGACUUGGCAGCAGAAAGCCUUUCCUGUGCAGGAUGUUUGCCCAGCGUUUGCAGGUUAUGUGCUCCUGUAGAUAAGGACUGUGCCAUUGGGAAUCAUUACAAUGAAGUGCCAAACUCACUACACCGUGUAAUUGCAGAAAAGACUUUCAGAUCCUGGCGUGCUUUCAAGUUUGUAUAUAUGCAGUAGACACAGAAUUGUAUUUGUGUGUGUGUGUUUUUUAAUAUCUACUUGGUCCAAGGAAAGUUUAUACUCUUUUGUAAUACUGUGAUGGUCUCAUGUCUUGAUAAACUUUGCUUUGUACUACCUGUGUGUUCUGCUAAAGUGAUGAAUCACGAACUAAGAUCUCCAUUCUGCUCCUCUGCUGAAUGACAUUGAACGAUGUUAAACCUGUUCAUCUUGCCACAGGAUUCAUAGGAGAACCAAGUAGCCUGUGAUCAAUCUGCUGAAUAAAUGGACUUGUCAGACUUUGGGGCAGAAUAAGAUUAAGUGCCAGCUUUGUACAGGUCUUUUCUAUUAUUUUUGUUGUUGUUUAUUUUGUUAUUUGCAAAUUUGUACAAACACCUUAAAAUGGUUCUAAUUUCCAGAUAAAUGACUUUUGAUGUUACUGUUAGGACUUGAUCAUUUUGGAGUAGAUAUUGAACUGUAAUGUUUUCUUAAAACUAGAGUCUACUUUGUUACAUUGUCUGCUUGUAAAUUUGUGGAAUCAGAGGUAUUUGGGGGCAGCAUUCGUAAUUUUCAUUUUGUAUUUCUAACUGGAUUAGUACUAAUUUUAUACGUGCUUAACUGGUUUGUACACUUUGGGACGCUACCUGAUGAUGUUUCUGACUAAUCUUAAAUCAUUGUAAUUAAAUUAGUACUUGCAUACCCAACGUUUCUGGCCCCGUUUGGGCAGGAAAGUGAUGUAUAUUUACAGACACUUUGUGUUUUGUAUGUAGAAAAAUUCAAUAUGUUUUUAUGUGUGUAUUUUAAAGAAAUUUCACUUGCUUUUAUUACCCUGUGAAUUGUGUGCAGCAUAGCAUCAAGUCUUGAGAUGGAUGCUCUGUGUCAAUGUUCUUACAGCUCCUCUGGGAAGGCCCUUCCAAACAGAUGCCCUGUGUCACGUUGUCACAGUUCCUGAGUGGAGGCCACAACAGACUGAUGCCCUGUUCCUGCGGGGAGGCCUCCUGUCUGUAGAUCAGGAAAGGAGAACUUCAUCUAGAAUGAUGUUCUUUUUGUCGAACUGGGGUUUUCCUCAUACUCUGAGCUCUUCAUUUUUGUCCAGGUUGGAGGUGGUUUUAUGGCUGUGUCCUGAGGAACCAUGUGAUUUCUCAGUCUCCAUCCCUGUUCUCUUUGGCUCUAAACAGUGUACAUCUUAAGGAGGAAGUUUGAAAACAGGACUUCAGUGAUUCAUGGAGUGCUUUGCAUUCUUAACUACAGAUAGUGGCUACCACAUGGAAUAGAACUAGUUAACAAUUGAGACAAUAAACUUGAAAACCAACCAGCCAUAAGUGUACAUUUAUUUUGAAAUAUUUAGCUUAAGAAUUUGAGAGGUUUUUUGGCCUUGAGCAGCCUAACUUGUAUCUCAGACAUUCAAUUUUAAUACAUUCUAGUUACCUGUAACUGACAGACCAGGAUAAUUGGUUUUGCCUCCAUUCUAUCCAUCAACAUUUCCAAGUCCUGUUGAAUGCCCGAAGCUACCACAAUUUGAGGAAUAUGUGUACAGUAGCAUCCCUCUUUGCCUUCUUGAGAACACAGCCCAAAUCAGAUUUACUGUUGUUAGUAUGUUACUCAUCUCUCCUCUUGCUUAGUGCUUUCUUUGUGCACAUUAACAAGAUUUCACAGCUGACCAGCUUGUCAUAAGCUUCUUGCUGUGACUUUGGUUUUGGUUUUGGUUUUGCUACUGCUCUCUGAUCAUCCUCUUUGAGCACUCCAAAACAGGGCUCAUUUUAGAAACCUGAGUUCCUCCAAGCAGAGCCUUACUGGUGUCAAAGAACUCGGGUCUCACUUUGCUGUUUCAUGAACCAUUUCCUCACCGUUAAAGAAAGAAAGAGCCUCUGCAUUUAAUCAUUCAGCACGGAGGCAGCUACAGCCGUAAUCAGUGGUAGACUUGCAGGAUGGCGCUGAGUGACUUGGAGGUGUUUCUUCCUCCUGAAGCUGUAUAAAUCUCAAACCCCAGUUUCCUUAGUGUUAAGAUCAUAACAUGAAUCAUGGGUAGUUGUCAGGGGUACAGUGAAGUCCAGGAAAGGCUUCUUGUCUCUUAAAAAUAAAUAUCAUGUGGCCUCUGGGAGUCCUUUUCUGUAAGAAUGUUCACUUCCUAGAGUACCUGGUAUAUUAUUGUACAUGAUUGCUUUGUGAAAUGAUUUCACCUAUGCAGCCUUGGUUGAUUUAUUUCCUUCGGUUUGUACUGUUAUUCAAAGCAUAUUGUAUUAUAGAGCUAUUUGGAUAUUUUAAAUAUAAAGAUGUAUUGUUUCCAUAAUGUAGAUGUAUGGAAUAUAUUUAGGUGAUAGAUGUAUGACAUGGAAAGUUCUGUUUCAACAAACUGACUGAGUCUAAGUUAAUUAGCAAAUAUUAUCCCAUUGACCAGUAAAACCUGGAAUAUAAAAAUAAGGGAUAAAGACACUUAAAGACGAAAUAGUUCCCCAAAAAUGUACAAUUUGAACUUGUUCAGCUGCUGAAUAUAUAGCUCCUUUCCCCCUAAAAACCUUGAAGUUCUUGGUUACAGCUCUUAAAAGUUAACUAAUUUUAAGUGAAAAUUGUCUCUGUGGUUUCAGCUGGGGAGUGAUCAUUCAGUGUAGUGUGCAUUGUGGUUUAUGCAAACAACACAGCCUGGCACUGUGGCCAGUGAUAGCCUUGUAAGUCCCAUCAGGAUAGAGUCACACCCUCCCACACACUUUACCACCUAGUUGAGUAACAGUGCAGAUUCCAUGUUCCUGUUCCGAUACUAUCUGAGAAGUGCCUGAUGAUGAUGAUGUACUUACAGAUACAAGAACAAUCUUACUAUAACUGUAUAAAGCCAUAAAUGUACAUAAAUUA